CCCCUAGAUAUCUUUAGUCCUGAGCUGUACAGAUUCAUACAAAUACACAACAGCAUUGGCUAGACGGAGACUGUGUCUGCCAAAACGCAAACUGGGGAUAGGUAGUGAUAGAAAAGAAGGAAAGAAAGUAUUCAGCAGAGCUCGCACUCAUCGAACCUAAGCAGGAUUUGCACCAUGAAGACCAGACUAGGCUGCCUGUCCAAAAAAUCCGACUCCUACAGUGAUUUUUCUGAGUUCCUUCCUCCUGCCCACGAAACCACAGCCAGGUGUCUGAAACUGUCGACAGAUGAAGUCGUUCGAUGGUCUGAAUCGUUUGAUCGCCUUCUGUCUCACAAAUAUGGCCUGGCUGCUUUUAGGACAUUUCUCAAGACGGAGUUCAGUGACGAGAAUAUCGAAUUUUGGAUGGCCUGUGAGGAGUACAAAAAAGUCAAGAGCUCUACCAAACUUGUGUCAAAAGCAAACAAAAUCUUUAAGGAGUUCAUUGAUGUUCAGGCACCAAGAGAGGUAAACAUUGACUGCCGCACCAGGGAAAAGACAAAGCAGAAUCUGGAGGAUCCAUCCCCAACCAGCCUUAAUGAUAUCCAGGCUAAAGUUUACAGUCUCAUGGAGAAAGACUCCUACCCACGAUUCCUCAGGUCCAAGAUGUACCAGGACAUAGUCAAAAGGGCACAUGCACAAAGCCAACGGAGGUCUGUUUGACUGAAUCUGGUGGUGAUCACAGUGGACACAAAACUAGACCUACGUGUAUACUGUAAAUCAGUCAUUAACGCUGAAUACUGUGAAAUUGCAAAGAUGGGGCGACAAGCUUGACUGUUUCCUUUUGUCUACACCAGCUCCAUGCAUGCAAUCCUUCUAGAUAAGACGCGUCUCAGUGGGCAGCACUGUAAACAAGAAAAGGGGGAGACUGAAUGAGAAUAAGCUAGUUUUAAUUCUUUAUAGGUAUGAAAAUACAUAUACAAAAGACCAUAAUAUGAGGUAUGCUUUCACUGUUUAACACUAAUUAUGUAUAAAACAAUGCAAGAGUUUUUGAUUAUAAAGCAAUAACAGCAACUUCUGUACCAUAGAAAUGAGUAAUUUUUAAAGUUUUGUCUACAGUAUUUGAUGGGUCCUUUGGUUGUAGUUUAUUUAGGUUAUAGCAAAAUAACUGACAAGACAAGUACUGACCUGAUUAUGCUUACUCAUCAAGAAGAAAAUACACUGAGGAAAUCACAGUGGUUUUAUCACCUAGCGCUACCUCCACUUAUCAUAAGUUGUAUGUGAGAUAGACACGGUCAUAUGAAGGUGACUCGAGUCUGUGUUUAUGAACAAUGGAGUGGGUGAACACUUGACAUUUAAAUUGUGCCAAACUAGAUUGCACAUAGAUAUGUUGCUGCAAACUCUUGCAGGUAUUCUGUGUCAUUAACUGUGGAGUAUAAGGGAGGGUUGGGUUAAAUCUUGCUUUCAAUUCACUCAGGAAGUGAAAUAAUGUUCAGCAAGUUAUAUAUGUGUAUAUAUAUAUAGUGUAGGGCAUGGAGCAGCCAUUCUAGAGCAGGGUUCUGUGGAAGUUAUCAAUUGUAUUUCUUUUGUUUUAAGCCAUGCCACUGAACUUUUUUAAUUGCUGAUCAACAUUAACUUUAUAACGUUUUGACAAAAGUGAUGACUAAACGGUUGAAUGACCUUACUAAAAUGCAAGUUGCAGCAGAAGUAUUUAGUAUUAUAUAUUGGUCUCCCAGUCGUACUUGUAGUGAAUUGAAAAUGAGAGCCAACCCCCCACAGAAUUUGUGCAAAUUUCUUUUUUCAGCAUGAUGCAAUUCUCAGAAUAACUAUUUAGAUAUUCCUUAACUUGCGCAGUAUGUUAUAAAAAUGACUGCAACUUGGUGAAAUGUAGAAUAUGUUGCUCACAUGACAAAUGUGUUUGAACUGUGUGCCCUUGGCAUUUGCACUUCUUUUAACUAAGUCAUAUAUUUUCUUUUAGUGCAUGUGUACUCUAUAAGGCAAACUGUUGGAAAUGCAGCAAAACUGGCUGCUAAACAUUUCACCCUAUAUGAUAUCCUACCUUGUUCCAUGUGAAUGUUGUGCUCCCCCAUAUUUUGUGAUUAAA